AUGCCAGCCCAGGCCAUCGCCGCACUCGAAGUUCCCGAGGACGGCGAGGCAGAAGAGUUGAAAGAGGCGACGCCCGCCUCGGAGGAGCAGGUGGAUGUCGUAUUCCUGAUCGAGGCUCCGGCAGAUGCAGAGGAGCUCCAGGCGAUGUCCGAUGCAGGUCUCUACGAAGUCGUGGACCUCUGGGCCAACAUCUACUUCGCAGGCAAGUCGGUGGACGAAGCUGACCCAUCUGCAGAGGUAGAUUGCGAGGUGCCUUCGGGCCUGCAGCUCUUUUACGAGGCCAUUCACACAGCCUCCCCGUCGGCAGACGUGGCAAACAGCACAGUGUGCACCAUCCACGAUAGCCACUCCCUCGCCUUCGCGAGCGAGACGAAGGAGGGUGAAGAGGCUGAGGCGCCCCCUGCCGACACCACGCCGAGUGACAGGGUCCUGGCAGCCAUGUUCGACGUGGUUGGUGCAGAAGCCAAAUCGCGAAUGCGAUACAAGGCUGGUGAAGAUAGAACAUGCAGACUCUCAAUUUCCGCCAUGGUUGAGUACCACCACUGUGCACGGUAG